ACAAUAUGUCGCUGUAUUUGUCAGCAGUGAAGAUUCGAUACCUAGAAGAAUGAAAUUGAAAAUCAGUGACCUUAGUAAAGAAGAAUCAAUGGAAUACCUAAAUAAGAAGUGCAAGAUCAAUGAAAUAAAAGUGAAAAAUUUAUAUGAAUUGGUUGGUGGUCGUAUUGUAGAAUUGCAGGCUGUGGCAGAUGAUUUUGUGGCUGGACAAUCCUUCGAAGUUUUAGCCAAAAUUGAAAAGAAAUUCCAAUCUGCACAACUUCUUCCAAAUAAUCCACAUUACAAAGUAGGAAAGAGUAUUAUCAAUGAUUUGUUGAAGUCUGAGAAGCUUAGCUUUUUAGCAUUUAAGAAACAUUUCAAUAAAAAUGAUGAAUUAAAUGAAGUGUUGAGAAGCAACAUAUUUGCUUAUCACUUAGAAAAAAACACUGUGAGCUUCCAGUCUCAAUCGGUAAAAUAUUAUAUUUUGGAAAAGGCAGACAUAUUCAUUAAAUAG